UGCCAUAAACUGUAAUUUUAUGAUAUUUCUGCAUUCAUAAUCUCGAUUUCUAUCACUUUGAUGUCAAUAUCGUAUAUAUUAUACCACACAGUAUGAGAGCUGUUAUCCAGCGAGUGACCAAAGCCAGUGUCACAGUUGGUGAAGAGCUGGUGAGUUCCAUUGAAAAGGGAUUGUGUGUAUUGAUGGGAAUUUCAAGAUAUGACAAACCAUGUGAAGUAGAAUAUAUGGUCCGGAAGAUUUUGAAUCUGAGAGUAUUUGAAGACGAUGAGGGGAAAAGAUGGGCCAAGAGUGUUAAGGACAGGGAACUUGAGAUCCUCUGUGUUAGCCAGUUCACAUUACAAUCCAUCCUGAAGGGUAACAAACCCGACUUUCAUGGGGCAAUGGAAGCAGACCUUUCACAACAGAUGUAUGAAGAAUUCCUAAAGCAGAUGAGAGGGGGUUACAGUCCAGACAAAAUUAAAGAUGGUAGAUUUGGAGCUUACAUGCAGGUUCAUAUACAAAAUGACGGUCCUGUCACCAUACAGUUAGAGAGUCCACUACAAGCCAAGGGACUUGUUGAAACUGGGAAAGAGGGAAAGGAUAAGACAAAAGGAAAUAAGCAAAAUGAGAAGCUAAAUAAACAGACUAAAUCGAAAGCAGUUGAUUCUGGAAGUUCACAUGAUUCAGCAGCUAAUAGGACAGAUUCAUGUGGAGUUAGUGAAGUGACGGAAAAGAUUAAGGAUUUAGAAAGUUGAUUUAUAAAUUUAAAUUUCCAGAUCUGUUUUUUUCAAAUGAUGCACAUUAUUUUGUUGAAAGGUUAUAGCU